AAACUUUGAUUAGUUUUCAAGCCUCAAAUCUAUGAAAAAAAGUUGAAAAAAAUAACAAUAAAGACGACAAAGACAAGCAGUUCAAAUUACACGAAGAAAACGGAGAAUCAGAGCUUACUAUUCUACAUAUAUGACCCCCACCCCUACCCUCACCAACGCUUUCAAUUUUACUAUUUUGCAUUUUUAUUCCCUCUUCUCUUUCUUACCAAAGAAAAAAAAAUUCUUUUUUUUUCUUCGGUAAAGAAAAGUAUUUUAUUUAAUUUUCUGGGGUUUUUGAUUCAUACCCAUUUCAGGUUUUCCAUCGACUUGCAAUAAAGGACCUUGAGGAAUUAACCAAGCAUAUGAUUUUACUCUUUUGAUGCGUGAAGAUGGAUUACAAAGUGCAAGUCGGAGUCCAAUCCCACCUUGAACAGAUGGGACCACUAGAUGAUAGGACAAUGGAAGAUCUCGAUGACGAGUGCCUCUUUCCCUCUGAAAUGGAUGCUCAAAAGACACAAUCUGUUGAUCCAAAUCAACAUAUUUCAGUUUCUGGUAGUUUGCCUUUCAAUGGCAAUAAAAUGACAAGGAAUGGUGUUUAUAAAAGCAUAAAGACCGUAGUUUUCUCGAAUAAGCUUAACUUGCUCAUGCCUUUUGGUCCUCUAGCAAUCCUGGUUCAUAAAAUGACUGAUAGUAAUGGGUGGGUCUUCUUUCUAAGCUUACUCGGUAUAACACCUUUGGCUGAGCGUUUGGGUUAUGCUACCGAGCAGUUGGCUUUUUUCACUGGACCUACAGUUGGUGGUCUUCUAAAUGCUACAUUUGGGAAUGCAACUGAACUGAUUAUUUCAAUUUAUGCACUGAAAAGUGGAAUGAAACGAGUUGUUCAGUUGUCAUUGUUGGGCUCGAUUUUGUCAAACAUGCUGCUUGUUCUUGGAUGUGCAUUCUUUUGUGGUGGGCUUGCAUAUCAUGGAAAGGAGCAGGUCUUUAGCAAGGCCACAGCCGUUGUCAAUUCCGGACUGCUGCUGAUGGCAGUCAUGGGCCUACUCUUUCCAGCAGUCCUCCAUUACACACACACUGAACGGCAUGCUGGGAAGUCAGAGUUGGCUCUUUCAAGAUUUAGCAGUUGUGUUAUGCUUUUAGCUUACGCUGCCUAUCUUGUUUUCCAGUUGAAAAGUCAAACAGAUCACUAUGUCCCCCUUGGCGAGGAAGUAAACCAGAAUGGGGAGAACUUAGAUAACAAUGAUGAUGAUGAAGAUGAAGCUCCAGAGAUCUCCAAAUGGGAAUCAAUAAUUUGGCUCUUAAUCAUGACGGUUUGGAUCUCUAUCCUGUCGGACUAUUUGGUGGAUACCAUUGAGGGGGCAUCUGAUGCGUGGGAUGUGCCGAUUGCUUUUAUUAGUGUUAUAUUGCUCCCUAUAAUUGGGAAUGCUGCUGAGCAUGCAAGCGCUAUCAUGUUUGCCAUGAAAGAUAAGCUCGACAUAUCCUUGGGAGUGGCCAUAGGGUCAUCAACUCAGAUUUCUAUGUUUGGGAUACCUUUUUGUGUGGUUAUUGGGUGGAUGAUGGGGCAAGAAAUGGACUUAAACUUCCAACUUUUCGAGACAGCAACUCUGUUCAUUACCGUUAUAGUCGUAGCCUUUUUUCUGCAGGAAGGGACGUCUAACUACUUCAAAGGACUAAUGCUUAUACUUUGCUAUCUAAUAGUCGCUGCGAGUUUCUUCGUACAUGAAGAUCCUCCUACAGAUGAUCAAAGUAAGCAACCGGGAACGUGAUGAACGACACAGUUGAAUCGAGAUAUGGAAUUCGGAGCCUUUGAAAGAUGCAAGAGGCAAGAAGCAAGAACCCGUGGUGAUUUGAAACAAGUUUGUCCCACAUGGUGUAAAUAGUACUGUUGACAGGCAGAGAUAUUCCAUUUUUUGUUUCCAGAGCUAAAUUUAAGUGCUCAAUCUUUUUAUUUAGGAUUAAAACUAUGUAUUAUUAAUACUUUUGAUUUUUGUGACUAAUCAAGAUUCACAAAUUAUUGUGUGGAUA